UGCCCGGGCGCCUUUGCACGCGAGGCCUCCGGGCUGGAGGGGCGCAGCGGGGUCUCCCGGCGAGUAGGCGGGCGGGCGGGCGGGCGGGGCCAUGGCGGCGAGGCGAAGGCUUUAGCGGGCUGGGGCGGGGGGUGGGUGGGGGCAGGGGCGUCUCGGCGGGGCUGCUUUCCAGCAUGAGCCGGGCGUAAGGGCAGGCGGGGGCCCGGCCAUCUCCAUGGUGCAGGACGGCGGGAUGUCACGCACGCCUUACAGCUCCAGCCAGGACAUCCAGAUGGAAGUCUUCGACAAUCCUGGCCUCCAGGGAAAGUACGGCAAGCGGAAGAGCCGCUUCAAACGCUCGGACGGCAGCACCUCUUCUGACACCACCUCCAACAGUUUCGUCAGGCAGGGUUCUGCUGAGUCCUACACCAGUCGCCCAUCUGACUCUGAUGUGUCGCUGGAGGAAGAUCGUGAAGCCCUGCGCAAGGAAGCAGAGCGCCAGGCCCUGGCACAGCUAGAAAAAGCAAAGACCAAGCCAGUAGCAUUUGCCGUGAGGACGAAUGUCGGCUAUAACCCUUCUCCCAACGAUGACGUGCCUGUCCAGGGAAUGUCUAUUUCUUUUGAACCCAAAGACUUUCUUCAUAUCAAAGAGAAAUACAACAACGACUGGUGGAUCGGACGCCUGGUGAAAGAAGGCUGCGAAGUUGGAUUCAUCCCUAGCCCAGUUAAGCUGGAGAACAUGAGGAUGAUACAGGAACAAAAGAUGAGGCAGCAUCGACUCAGCUCCAGCAAAUCGGGAGACAACUCCACCUCCAGUUUGGGAGACGUUGUGACGGGCACCCGGAGACCCACCCCGCCUGCCAGUGGUACCUUGGACAUGACUAACUUAGCUUAUGACCCCGACGCCCUUGACUUAGAGGAGGAGGAGGAGGAGGCAACCGAGGAGCACCAGCGAAUCCCUAAGACUAGCGUUAGCAGCGUCACCACGCCCCCCUCCACCACCAAGCGCAUGGCCUUCUUUAAGAAGACGGAGCAUGUGCCGCCCUACGAUGUGGUUCCCUCCAUGCGGCCGAUCGUCCUCGUGGGUCCUUCCUUGAAGGGCUAUGAGGUGACGGAUAUGAUGCAGAAAGCUCUAUUCGACUUUCUGAAACGCCGAUUUGACGGCAGAAUAUCCAUCACGCGUGUGACUGCCGACAUCUCCCUGGCCAAGCGCUCAGUCCUGAACAACCCUAGCAAACACACCAUCAUUGAGCGCUCCAGCACCCGCUCGAGCCUAGAUGUCUUGGCUGAAGUGCAAAGUGAAAUUGAGCGCAUCUUUGAAUUGGCCCGCACGCUACAGCUGGUGGCUCUGGAUGCCGACACCAUCAACCACCCAGCUCAGCUUUCCAAGACGUCGCUGGCUCCCAUCAUUGUCUAUAUCAAGAUAUCCUCCCCCAAGGUGUUACAGAGAUUGGUGAAGUCGAGAGGCAAAUCCCAGGCGAAGCAUUUGAAUGUACAGAUGGUGGCAUCGGACAAACUGGCGCAGUGCCCUCCGGAAUUGUUUGACAUCAUCCUGGAUGAAAACCAGUUAGAAGAUGCCUGCGAGCACCUGGCUGAGUACCUGGAAGCCUAUUGGAAGGCCACACACCCUCCCAGCAGCAACCCACCCAAUCCGCUGCUGACACGCACCAUGGCAACAGCUGCCUUGGCUGCUAGCCCCGCCCCAGUCUCCAACCUCCAGGGACCCUACUUAGUGCAUGGGGAAGAGCCUCACAACGCCGAGCACGCCGGCCUGCACAACUACUCAGGGCAGCUGGUGGGGCAUGGCCAGAUCCGGCCAGCUCAGCACCCUUCCCACCUGGCCACCCGGGGCCUUUCCCGCCAGGACACCUUCGAUUCGGAAACCCAGGGCAGCCGUGACUCUGCCUACACCGAGCCGGGGGAUUCCUGCAUGGACAUCGAGACCGACCCCUACGAGGAGCCAGAACCUCGUGGCCCCCACGGCCUGGGCCACCGCCACCACCAGCGCCAGUCUUCCUGGGACGCCGAGGAGCCCGACCGGCAAAACCACAACCGGCCUCUGCGUGGGCGGGGCAAGGGGCGGGAGCGCUACUGCCAAAACGAGGAGGAGGAGGAGGAGGAGCCAGUUGGCUGCAACCGGAAUGAGGUUGAAGACUGGGAGCGUAACGUUUAUAUCCAUUAAGGCCCUGGGGCGCAUGGCUGAGAUGCACUGGGGAGAUGGCCUCCUCCCACUCACAGCCCUGGGAGGGGGGGCAGCAGCUGUCUGUCAUGGUCCCCGGGGAGAGAUGUGGUCUGCGAAAGGCUUGGUCUUCAUCUCCACCAGGUGGCGGUCGGCGGGGGCAUUGCUUGCAUCCCAAAGGCUACACCAUCGCCAGCCAGGCCUGUGAGUUAACUCCCCCCGUCUCCAUCCUCUCUUGGGGUCCCCAGCCUCUUCCGCCCUGCCUGCACCUUGCCAUUUGUGCCAAUAGCCUCUGGACCAUCCCUGCCCUACCAGCCAGCACUGCCGGGGCUCUUCUCACAGUGUCAUUUAAAAAAAGAGAAUCACAUCUACCUUAACGCCCUCUUUCUACUCAGGGUCCCCUUCCGGACCCGGAGAGGGGGAGGGCCCGUCUCCAUCGGUGCCUAGGGUCACUCCAAACUCUGUGGCCAGCUGAGUCGUGUACUCUGGGGAGCUGAACGGCUCUGCAGAUCCAGGCUGCUGUUGCUGUUCUCUUGGUGCUGAAGCAGCCCAAGCCCCAGUAGGAGGGAAGUGUGGAAGUCAGGGGCCAAGCCCAGUUUUCCAUUGCGGGAUCCAGUCAUCACAAGAUCCAGUGCCUAUUUAAAAAAAUCCAGCCCCGGUCACCUUAAGCCCUCUGCUCCUGCCCAUCCUCCAGUGCCUCGGCUCAUGACCCUUCGGGAUGUAUUUUCUCUGCCGGAUAAGUCCUGGGUCUGCAGGUUGCAUGCAUGUGUGGUGUGUACUGUGGCUGGCAGAGAAGGGGACUUUGGGGCCUCUCCCUUGGGCAUGCCUAUAACCAGCUGUAAUCCUGCUUUUACUACUGAUUGUGAAAACCCCUCUCCAGCAUGUGUGAUUGCUUGGUCUGGGGCAUUUGGCAGACAACAGGUAGGAAAACACUCCCACUGCUCUGAACCGGGAAGGCGGACCCUCCUAGACAGUUCCAGCGUCCUGCUUCAUGUAUUGCAGGUACUGCUUUCUGUUGCAGGGGAGCAGGGAGGGCGUUCUUGCAGCCUCUUCCCUUCUCUUGCCUCUUCCUCUUCAGAAAGACAAAUCGCCUUUCUGGGCAGGCUUGGGAAAGCAGCUGGCUUAUGUUCUGCAGGAGAAUCAUGGCUUGGAGUUUGCUCAGGUGAAGCCUUGAUGUGCAUGAGUUCUAGAGCCAGCCAAGGCUGGAUGGAACCGUGGGAAACUGUGCAGGCUGAGUGUGCCGGGCAGCUCUUGGCUCUCACCUUGGGACUGCCAGCACGGACUCCUCUUGAGGCUGCUGCAGGGCAGAUGGACCCAGAUGGACCCACUGGGGUUGUGAGUUGAGCAUUAUGCUGCUCAAGAGACUGCAAGGGGAAAGCUGUAGCUAGUUGCCCACGUGACCGACAGCAGUACCCAGCAGAUGCCGCCGCAGCACCCAGACACACCAUCUUGUGCCAAAACUUGCUUCCUGCCCUUGGUGCCAGUGGCCUCUUAUUUCAAGGGAUUUCCCUUCAUUCAAGGAUGUCACCACUGCGCUGAAUGUGACGAGCAUCCUUCGUCUCCAAUCCCCACACACCUUCGGCAUUUACCGGGCCCAAAUGCUGAAACAAGGCAGCCUGAUGCCACCUUUCCCCCCCACCCCCGUCAGCUGUCUCCCUCUGUUCACCUCUUUGGGGAAUGGCUCAAUCCCAUGUCUGCUUCGUGACGGGGAUGAGCGUCCCUGUGUAUGCCUGGGUUAGGAGCCUGAGGCUACCUUAGUGUGGGAGUUUUGUCAUCAUUGUGUUCAUUUCCUACGUGUCCUGCUGCCCUGUAAUUUUAUAGUUCCCGUGCCAACUGCCUCAGCUUCAAUUCAGACAGCAUUUCUAUUUCUGGCACGGAUGUGGAGAUUUUGCAGGAGAGAUUGCUCCUGAUAAUUAAUUCACUGUCAGGG